AUGGCGCCGGCGGAAGAUCCGAACAGCACUGGAAGCACCGGUGGCGGAGCCACCAGAGACCAGGCAUCAGUCAAGGUCCCUGCCAAAGACCCUAAAAAGAAGGACGAGAAGAAAGACGAAGAUCUUUCCGAGGAAGAUUUGGCGUUAAAACAACAGUUGGAGUUGUAUGUAGAGAGGGCUCAGGAUUCUGAUCCCGGAUUGCAGAAAGCUGCGCUAGAAAGCAUGAGGCAGGAGAUUCGUACUGCAACAAGUUCUAUGACUUCAGUUCCAAAGCCAUUGAAAUUCUUGCGUCCUCAUUAUGGAACUCUGCAAGCGCAUUAUGAGAAAAUGGCCGAUUCUGAUUUAAAGAAACUCCUAGCUGAUAUACUUUCUGUUUUGGCUUUGACGAUGUCCCCAGAAGGAGAAAGGGCAAGCUUGAAAUAUAGGCUGCUAGGUUCCGAAGGUGAUAUUGGUUCAUGGGGUCACGAGUAUGUCAGGAACUUGGCUGGGGAAAUAUCCCAAGAGUAUGCAAAACGGCAGACUGAGGAAGCCUUAAUUGAUGAUCUAAUGGAGCUGGUGGGGCAGAUUGUUGCUUUCCAUAUGAAGCACAAUGCUGAACCCGAGGCAGUAGAUCUUCUAAUGGAGGUGGAAGACCUUGAUCUGUUAGUGGAGCAUGUAGACAAUGCUAACUAUAAGAGGACAUGCCUAUACCUUACUAGUUCGGCAAAAUACCUUCCUGGACCAGAUGAUAUGUUAGUUUUGGAUAUUGCAUACACAAUUUAUAUGAAAUUUGAAGAGUUUCCUAGAGCAUUGCAGAUUGCUUUGUACCUUGACAACAUGCAGUAUGUAAAGCAGGUUUUCACCUCUUGUAAUGAUCUUCGAAAGAAGCAGCAAUUUUGCUUUAUCCUUGCUCGCCAUGGGAUUACGUUUGAACUUGAUGAUGAAAUGUCCCCAGAAGAUGAAGAAAGGGAGUCUCUGCAAGAAAUCAUCAAUAAUACGAAACUGAGUGAAGGGUAUCUUACACUUGCUCGUGAUAUAGAGGUCAUGGAGCCCAAAUCUCCUGAGGAUAUUUACAAGGCACAUUUACUUGAUGGCCGAGCUAGUGGUGGGGGAAGUGUUGAUUCUGCUAGACAGAACUUGGCAGGAACAUUUGUUAAUGCAUUUGUAAAUGCUGGCUUCGGUCAGGAUAAGUUGAUGACAGUUCCAUCAGAGGUAUCAAGCGGCGGUUCUUCAACAAGCUGGCUUUUCAAAAAUAAGGAUCAUGGAAAGGCCAGUGCUGCAGCAAGUCUGGGUAUGAUUCUGCUUUGGGAUGUUGAUUCUGGACUUGCACAACUCGACAAAUAUUUCCACAGUACUGACACGCACGUCGUUGCGGGCGCAUUACUAGGAGUCGGGAUCGUAAAUUGUGGUAUCAAGAAUGACUGUGAUCCAGCAUUGGCACUUUUAGCGGAUUAUAUAGACAAAGAAGAUUCUUCAAUUAGAAUAGGUGCAAUAAUGGGCCUAGGACUUGCAUAUGCUGGGUCUCAAAAUGAACAGAUUCGAAGUAAAUUAACCCCCAUACUUGGAGAUGCAAAGUCAUCACUUGAUGUGAUUGCAUUUACUGCAAUCUCUCUAGGCUUGGUAUAUGUAGGUUCUUGUAAUGAAGAGGUAGCCCAGGCAAUUAUAUUUGUAUUGAUGGACAGAAGCGAGUCAGAGUUGGGGGAGGCCCUCGCCCGUCUCUUGCCUCUGGGUCUUGGUCUUUUGUAUCUUGGGAAGCAGGAAAGUGUGGAGGCAACAGCUGAGGUUUCAAAGACAUUUAAUGAGAAAAUUAGAAAACAUUGUGACAUGACCCUGCUUUCAUGUGCCUAUGCUGGGACUGGAAACGUUCUCAAGGUACAACACUUCCUUGGUCAGUGUGCACAGCAUCUUGAGAAGGGAGAAACAUACCAGGGACCUGCUGUACUUGGAAUUGCUAUGGUAGCAAUGGCUGAGGAACUAGGGCUUGAGAUGGCUAUUCGCUCAUUGGAGCAUCUUUUGCAGUAUGGGGAGCAGAACAUUAGAAGGGCAGUUCCUCUGGCUCUGGGUCUCCUCUGCAUUUCAAACCCAAAGGUCAACGUCAUGGACACAUUAAGCAGGCUUAGCCAUGAUGCUGACACAGAAGUUGCAAUGGCAGCCAUUGUGUCUUUGGGUUUGAUAGGAGCCGGAACUAACAAUGCGAGAAUAGCUGGAAUGCUUAGGAAUCUAUCAAGUUAUUACUACAAAGAUGCCAGCCUUCUUUUCUGUGUACGGAUUGGUCAAGGUCUUGUCCAUCUUGGCAAAGGGUUGUUGACCCUUUCUCCAUAUCAUUCUGAAAGAUUUUUACUAUCCCCGACUGCACUGGCUGGACUCGUGACUUUGCUGCACGCAUGUCUUGAUAUGAAGGCUAUUGUCUUGGGGAAGUACCAUUAUGUUCUAUACUUCCUUGUUCUUGCUAUGCAGCCAAGGAUGCUGAUGACUGUGGAUGAAAACCUGAAACCUCUGUCGGUACCUGUACGUGUGGGCCAAGCUGUUGAUGUUGUGGGUCAAGCUGGUCGCCCCAAGACUAUUACAGGUUUCCAGACCCACUCGACUCCCGUUCUUCUGUCUGCUGGUGACAGAGCAGAGCUAGCAACUGAGAAAUAUGUUCCUCUGUCUCCCAUUCUUGAGGGUUUCGUCAUCCUUAAAGAGAAUCCAGAAUACAGAGAGGAUAAUUGA